AUGGAUGUCACUUUCUCAGAGUUGUCCAUGUAUUUUCUUCAUCAUGAAUCCAACUCUCCUCUUCAGGGGGAGAAGGAGAAUAUCGAAGAGCAGAAUUGGAAUUGGACAAUUAUAUUACCUGAUAUUACCAUAGAAAGAGAAGAAGUGAUCUGCAAUGAAAAAGAGAACACAGUAACGUCAGUUGAGGACCUGGUGCCACCUGUUGCUAACCCCACUUUGUAA